CGAAAAUGUUAUAUUUGGCUAAGCGAAUUCAGAAUUGUUUUAAAUUUUUUCUUUAGGGCGAAUUCAGUUGUUGUUGUUGUGUUGUUGCUGUUUAUAAAUUAGCAACAACUUAUUUAAUCUUAUCGUUAUUACACGAACAAGCAAAUGUGGCAGCAGGCUGCACGGCGGGAACACCAGAUAAAAUGCUGCUACUGGAGCUAAACAUACUAACCUUGAACAUUUGGGGCAUUCCUUAUGUGUCAAGUGAUCGUGGACUCCGGAUAGAGGCCAUUUGCAAGGAGUUAAGCAGAGGCAAAUAUGAUAUCGUUUCGUUGCAGGAAGUCUGGUCCCAGCUGGACAGCGAGCAGUUGCAAAAGGGAACAGCGAGUACACUGCCGUACGCCCAUCAUUUCCAUAGUGGGGUGAUGGGAGCAGGCCUCCUGGUGUUAUCCAAAUAUCCCAUAUUGGGUACAUUGUUUCACGCUUGGUCGGUCAAUGGCUACUUCCAUAGAAUUCAGCAUGCCGAUUGGUUUGGCGGCAAAGGAGUGGGACUGUGCCGCAUUCUGAUUGGCGAUCAGAUGGUCCAUCUCUACAAUGCUCAUCUUCAUGCAGAAUACGAUAAUGAUAAUGAUGAGUAUAAAACACAUCGGGUCAUUCAAGCCUUCGAUACGGCCCAAUUUAUUGAAGCGACCCGUGGAAAUUCAGUUCUUCAAAUAUUGGCAGGGGAUUUGAAUACCCAACCACAGGACAUAUCAUAUAAGGUUCUAUUAUAUACAUCCAAAAUGCUAGACAGUUGUGAUUCGGACGUCUUCCGGACAAAUGAAUGUGAGAGAAAUUCAUAUACAUCAGCUAAAUCCUUAUCUAAAAAUCCACGAGGCAUACGAAUCGAUCAUAUAUUCGUACGAGGAGCAGAUCAUAUCAAUGCAGAGAUUUUGGAGUAUUCGCUGCCGUUCCCAGAACGUGUCCCAGGUCAAAAAUUCAGCUUUUCCGAUCAUGAAGCAGUACUUGCCAAGAUAAAGCUAACCCGAGCUUCAAGUGACGAAGCUAGUACAACUGUUGAUGAGGAGUUACCAUCUAUAACUCAACAGCAGGGAGGCAGUGGCGAUGCUCCAUGUAAUUUAGAAGCCAAUCCUUCUAAUGGCAGUAUCAAUGGACCAGCCGUUGAUGAAAAUGCCAGCUGUUCGGCUGCAAUGUCUCAGCCGGCAGCGAGAACCGCUGCCCUCCAUGAGGCUUUGGCCCUGUGUGAUGCUUCCCUGCUUCAAUUGAAUACCGAUCGCAUACUCUACUAUAGUGCCGCUACUUUCCUCUUUGUCCUGCUCAUCCUUCUGGUGGAGUUUACCGCCCCCAUUGGCAUGCGUACCAUAUUUUUACUCCUCAAAUUCAUAGUAUUUGGUGUAAUUUUAUUCUGCAUUUUUAUGGCUUCCAUCUGGAACUAUAUGGAACGCAAUGGUGUGUUGCAGGGUAAGAAAUCCAUGGAAGUGAUGCUGCAACAUGCCCAGAAAUACGAGUAUUUCUAUUAAAAAUUCAGCAGUACGACGACAUUUUGAUACAUCUAUAGAAGCUCAAGAUGCAUUUACAACAAACCCAAAAAUCUUUUCAACUGACUCUGCCUCAAUUUACAUAUACAAAACAAACAUUCUAUAUGUCACAAUUCAAAUAAAUAACGGUCUCUAUCUUUA